AUGCAGCGAAUCAACAUCUCUGCUAAAUUCGAAAACAUUACUGCAAUGCUUACUCUUCUCUUCCUCUUCCUUGUAUUAACAACGAUAAGAACGGAAGCGCGCCCAAUGCAUGGACCUGCUGACCCACUUCAUUGUCCACCAGGUAUGGGACCGGGAGAACCAGGCAUGGAAUGGGGAAGACGAGGACGGGGACGAGGAGGAUCAGGAGUGGAUUGGGGAAGAAGAGGAAUGGGAUCACGUUGGCAAGGAGGUUCAGGAAUGGGACCGCGCGGACAGGGAAUGAUUGGACCAGAAGGCCCCCGAGGGAGAGGUUUGGGCAGGGGCAAUCCAAAUACUGGAGAUGAUGGAUCGAAGCUGGAAGCAAAUGCGUGAAGAAAACUACUAAGGCAUUUCGUCCGCAGAAUGCUUAAUGUCAGGAAGCUAUGACGUCUAUCAUAAUAUAUGUAAUUAACACAACUUAUAUGUUAUUGUUAUCUUAGUAUGUUUCUUCAUGACUUUACUUUCCAAAAUAAAACCAAAAGUUGACAAUGUU